AUGCCAAAACCGCCACAACCACCAAGUACAAAAGACAAAGAAACACAACUCCGUGAACAACGAGAAGCAGAAAGCAAAAGAAAAGCAUAUAGACAAACAAAACAAAACACCCGUAAAUUAGUCAAACAUGCACGAUUUGAAGAAGCAACCGAAGUUUCAGAUGUCGAUUUACCAAGGAAGAGAUUCUAUAGACAACGAGCCCAUUCAAAUCCAUUCUCGGAUCAUCGAUUAGACUAUCCUGCUAGUCCUGAUAAAAUGGAUUGGCAAAAAUUUUAUCCCGGGUUUUAUGAUGAAACUAGUGGGAAAAUGACUUCAAGGGUUGAGAUUGCGGAUAUUGGAUGUGGAUAUGGGGGAUUAUUGACGAAAUUAGGUCCUGAAUUUCCUGAUUCUUUAGUAUUGGGGAUGGAAAUUAGAGUUCAAGUGACUCAAUAUGUUGAAGAUAGGAUUAUUGCUCUUAGGAAUAAGUAUGCUGAAGAAGAUUAUGGAUAUAAUAAUAUUUCAGUACUUAGAGGGAAUGCAAUGAAGUUUUUACCAAAUUUCUUUUAUAAAUCACAAUUAUCAAAAAUGUUCUUUUGUUUCCCUGAUCCACAUUUUAAACAACGUAAACAUAAAGCAAGAAUCAUUACUAUGACUUUAUUAUCAGAAUAUGCUUAUGUUUUAAAAGAAGGUGGAAUUAUAUAUACAAUUACUGAUGUUGAAGAUUUACAUCAUUGGAUGGUAAAACAUUUAGAUGAACAUCCUUUAUUUGAAAGAUUAAGUAAAGAAUGGGAAGAUCAAGAUAAAUGUGUUGAAUUGAUGUAUAAUUCAACGGAAGAAGGUCAAAAGGUUACUCGUAAUAAAGGAUCUAAAUGGAUUGCAUGUUAUAAACGAUUACCAAAUCCCCAAGAUUGUGAUUAA